CGAAACGAAAAAUGGGAGGUCAUCCUGAUCCGAAGUUCAUUUCACUCUAGGCCUAUAGGCUUGAUUUUAGUAGAUUUCUACUGGGCUAGCAAAGUUUUAGUAUUAAAUUUAUAAGACGUUAGUGAUGGCAACUUUAGCUCUUAGAUCGUGUGUUCGUCUUCGACAACCAGUUAUUAGUGUUUUAUCAAAGAGGUCUAGCUCAUACUUCCCUAUAGAUGACACCCUUUAUAAUUUAUCUGAGGAACAGAAGCAGCUUCGUAACAGUGUGUUUCAGUUUUGUCAAAAUCAGCUGGCGCCUAAAGCUGCGGAGAUUGACAGGACAAAUGAAUUCAAAGACAUGAGACAAUUCUGGCUGGACUGUGGAAAGAUGGGAUUACAUGGAGCCACUGCACCAAGUAAGUAUGGAGGGUCAGAAAUGGGCUACCUUGAACACUGCAUCAUCCUGGAAGAGAUGACUCGUGCGUCUGCUUCUAUUGCCCUCAGCUAUGGUGCCCACUCCAACUUGUGCAUUAACCAGAUCGUCAGGAAUGGAACAGAUGCACAGAAAGACAAAUAUCUACCAGGAUUAAUAUCAGGAGAAAAAAUUGGCGCUUUGGCUAUGAGUGAACCUAAUGCUGGCUCAGAUGUUGUUUCAAUGAAGCUAACAGCAAACAACAAAGGGGACCAUUAUGUGUUAAAUGGCAACAAGUUCUGGAUUACAAAUGGCCCUGAUGCUGAUGUGCUUGUUGUUUAUGCUAAAACAGACCCAAAGAGCCCUAAACCCCAGCAUGGCAUCACAGCUUUUCUUGUUGAAAAGGGAAUGCCAGGUUUUUCAACUGGCAAGAAACUAGAUAAGUUGGGGAUGAGGGGAUCAAACACAUCAGAACUUAUAUUUGAAGACUGUAAAGUACCAGCUGAAAAUGUGAUGGGAUCGCUGGGGAAGGGUGUGUAUGUGCUGAUGAGUGGGCUGGACAUUGAGAGAUGUAUCCUUGCUGCAGGACCAGUGGGAAUAAUGCAAGCUUGUUGUGAUGUAGCCUUUCAGUAUGCCCAUGUCAGAGAAUGUUUUGGUGAAAAAAUUGGUCAUUUCCAGAUGAUUCAGGCAAAGAUGGCGGACAUGUACACAAUAUUAAAUGCAAGUAGAUCAUAUUUGUACAAUGUUGCAAGAGCUUUGGACAGAGGAGAGCGCCAUCCUAACAAUUGUGCAGGUGUAAUUCUCUAUACUGCUGAAGCUGCUACUAAAAUGGCACUUGAUGCAAUUCAAAUUCUUGGUGGAAAUGGUUACAUCAAUGACUAUCCAACAGGACGAUUGUUGCGUGAUGCAAAGUUGUACGAGAUAGGAGCUGGGACUAGCGAAAUUAGACGGCUUGUUAUUGCCCGUGCCAUUAAUGCACACUACCGAUAACAUAUACUUGAAAUAUUUUAAAGAAUUAAUAAGUAAUUGUACUGAACACCUAGGUUUAAAGAAAGUAAAAUUACCUGGUGAUUUAUUCAUAUAAACACUUGAACAAUGAGUUAGACACUGUGAAAAGAACUUAAUUUGUAUAGGAUUAUUUCACAAUCAGAUAUCUUCUUUAGCACUUCAAAAUGCCAUAAUUUAGCAUUCCUUUAUGUGUGAAGAAAUAUUUUUAAGACUAGUCAGUAUUUUCAGCAGGUUUAUAAAUGAUAUGCUCAUGAUGUACACCAGAAUCUUAGUGUGUAUCACUAGACCAAGUUGUUGCCCUGUUAUAGCUGUAUUUAGUGUAAACAUUGAAUAUUGUUAGUUUGGUUUCAGGU